AUGUAUCUUGAGCUUCGGAAUCCUCUGGACAAGAACAGGUACGAGAAGUACAGCAAGACCGACACAAUAGUGAUUGACAACGGAACCUAUGAGUGCAAGGCUGGAUACUGUGGUGAGAGCCCACAGAUGGUUUUCAAGAAUGUCUUGUAUCGCCAGAAGUCUGUGUCAUCGAUAGAGAACUUUCAGGGCGCUUCUCCCAAAACUAUGUUUGAUGGAGACGUUGUGACCAACUUCGAGGUCUUGGAGCAUGUCAUCGAUAAAAUCCUGGGAUACUUGAAGCCUGAGAAGCUGAGGAAUCUGAUAUUCACGGAAAAGGUGUUCAAUCCAACCCACGAGGAGCUUGUGAGAUUCCUGUUUGACGUGUAUGGAUUUGAAAAGAUACAGAUCGGGGUAGACAGUUACUACUCGUGCUUAUGGAAUCUGGGAGCAGAAGACUGUAUGAUUGUGGACAUGUCCCAUUCUGCAACCACGUGCCUUGUCAUCCAAGAGGGAAGGAUUGCUGACGUUUAUAAGAUCAACUUUGGGGGAAGAAGUGCAGGGGACUAUCUUUCUGCACUGAUGUUCAACAAAUUUUUUGACGGCAAGAAGAACUACAGGGCUCUGAUUCCACAUCUCAGAUGCUCUCCAGAUUAUAGAAGAGAGUCUAUUGAAAUACUCGAGGAAAUGAAAGCGGGAGACUACUCAAGAAACUAUUUUCUGGACGAGGAGCUUGAGGUACUCAGGGAGAGGCCUGCGGAUAAGAAGCAAAAGAUAUGUGCGGUGCCCUCGGCCUCCAGCGCUGUACCGGAGAUUGAUGCUCGUCUUCUCAGCACAGCAGAUGCCGAGCUGGGUGCCGAGGAGAUCAAGGAGAAGAAGAAGCAAAAGAUCCUGUAUCACUCCACUCUCCAUAGACUUAGGGUUAGGGUUGAAAGGAGUCUGGAAAGGCUAUCUUCGCAUAUUUCGCUCAUGGAGGAUGAGAGGGAGAAGUUGGAGAAUCUCGAGGAAUUUAUCUCCCGGAAGAAGGCGGAGUUCCAGGGGCUGAAGAGAGAGCUAGAGAUGAGAAGCAAGCUGAGAAGAGAUGCGAAGAAUAGAAAGACAUAUGAGUUUCAGGUGAGGUUUAAGGAGGGGGAGCUGACUCCUGACGAGAAGAUACUGAUUGAAAAGAUUCAGGAUGCCGAGGAUUUGGACAAGGAAAACAAGAUUCUGGAGUCUUUAAAAGGCCUUGUCCAUGAAAUAAAGGAACUAGAUCCCCACUUUGAACCGUAUGUGGCGGAUACUACUGAUCUUCUUAACGGACACUUCAUCGGAAGAAUGAAUGCAAAUGUGGAUCUUCUGAAGAUUCCUGAAAUAGUCUUUUCUCCCUCCAUCAUAGGGCUGGACCAGAUGGGAUUGACAGAGAUAAUGGAUGAGGUCAGUCGAAAGUAUAGAGUGAAGAAGGUGUUCUUGACUGGGGGGUUUUCGCAGAUAAAAGACAUCGAUGCACGGAUAAAAAGCGAAAUGACGAGCAUGUCAUUUGUCGGAGAAGUUGAGGUUGUAAGGGCUAAGGACCCUAUAGGCGAUCCAUUCAGGGGUGCAACGUUCUGCGAGGCAUUUCCCACAUACACCCUAGAGCAGCAUAGCAGGGCGGACUUUGGAGACCCAGCUGAGGCAUCCAACAAGGAGCUUGUCUCAGAUACUAGGUCCCGGUAA